UUCGGAUGACCCCUCCGGUUUCUGCGCGCAAUGCCACGUUAGUAGCGGUAGACACAAAAAUUCCAGCUGCAGCCCCAGCCUAAACAAGGAAACAGACCAAAACUUACACUGUUUUUCAGUUGAAGCAUAGCCAGCCGUGUCUACGAAUCGUUUUUUUCCUGUCAGGAGAGACACUAAUCGGUAACGUUAACUAUGCUGAAGUUUUUCCUACUCUGCACACUGGCUGUAGCCAGCAGGGCUGACAUCCCUGAGGAGGAGGAUGUCCUGGUGCUGAAGAAAAGUAACUUCGACGAGGCGCUGAAGGCUCACCCCAACAUCCUUGUUGAAUUCUAUGCCCCAUGGUGUGGCCACUGCAAGGCCCUGGCCCCAGAAUAUGCCAAGGCUGCUGGCAUGCUUAAGAAUGAGGGUUCAGAGAUCCGCCUGGCUAAGGUCGACGCCACAGAGGAGACAGAGUUGGCCCAGGAGUAUGGUGUGCGGGGGUACCCCACCAUCAAGUUCUUCAAGGGCGGUGAGAAGGAGUCACCCAAAGAGUACUCUGCUGGCAGACAGGCAGAUGACAUCGUCAGCUGGCUGAAGAAGCGCACAGGACCGGCAGUCGCCACCCUGGCAGAGGUCACCCAGGCAGAGUCUCUGAUUGCUGACAAUGAGGUGGCAGUCAUUGCGUUCUUUAAGGACACCGAGUCUGCUGGUGCCAAGGCCUUUGAAAAAGCAGCUGAAGCUAUCGAUGACAUUCCAUUCGGCAUGACCUCUGAUGAUGCUGUUUACUCCAAGUUUGAAGUGUCCAAGGAUGGUGUUGUCCUCUUCAAGAAGUUUGAUGAGGGCCGUAAUACCUUUGACGGAGAGCUGACGAAAGAAAACCUUCUGGCUUUCAUCAAGGCCAACCAGCUGCCUCUGGUCAUUGAGUUCACUGAGCAGACCGCUCCUAAAAUAUUUGGUGGAGAGAUCAAGUCCCACAUCCUCAUGUUUGUGCCCAAAGCUGCUUCAGACUUCCAGGACAAAAUGGACCAAUUCAAGAAAGCUGCAGAGGGAUUCAAGGGUCAGAUCCUGUUCAUUUACAUCGACAGUGACGUGGAUGACAACCAGCGCAUCCUUGAGUUCUUUGGCCUGAAGAAGGAGGAGUGCCCCGCCAUCCGCCUCAUCACCCUGGAGGAUGAGAUGACCAAGUACAAGCCCAGCACUGAUGCCAUAACUGCUGAGAGCAUCACUGAAUUCUGCACACUCUUCACUCAGGGCAAACUCAAGCCCCAUCUCAUGAGCCAGGACAUCCCUGAAGACUGGGACAAAAACCCUGUCAAGGUUCUGGUCGGCAAGAACUUUGAGGAGGUCGUCUUUGAUCCCACUAAGAACGUUUUUGUGGAGUUUUAUGCACCUUGGUGUGGACACUGCAAGCAGCUAGCCCCCAUCUGGGACAAGCUUGGCGAGAAAUAUAAAGAUAGCGCUGACGUGAUAGUGGCCAAGAUGGACUCCACAGCCAAUGAGAUCGAGGCAGUUAAAGUUCAUAGCUUCCCCACACUCAAGUUCUUCCCUGCAGGAGAGGAGCACAAGGUAAUUGACUACAAUGGGGAGAGAACACUGGAAGGCUUCACCAAGUUCCUGGAGAGUGGUGGCAAGGAGGGUGGUGCACCAGCAGGAGAGGACGAUGAUGAAGACAUGGACCUGGAUGAUAUGGAGGAAGAGCAGGACCUGGAAGAUCAGGAUGAGGACUCUGAUGGUGAAGAUGGACACGACGAGUUGUAAGAGCUGGCAGGGGAGAGAGAGAGGAGAGACGAGUUCCACCCCUAACCCCCCAACCAGUCACCAUCACCACCUUCACUUCCUUUGUGGACCUUCCCUGUCCUGUGAACAUUAUUACCCCCUUUAACUGCCUCUCAGUCAGCCGGCCAGCCAGCCAGCCAGCCAGCCAGUCAGUCCAUCAAUGGCAUGGCAGGGCCUUUGGCCCGCCACAUCUCCAACCUCAUAACGUCUGGCCAGACCGGUCUCGUCCCACCUGGGGGAACUCAGUGGAACAGCACACCACCUCUAUGGGAGACCUCAAUGCCUUGUCAACCAAGGUCCACAUCAACUGUUUGCCUUGUAUAUUGUAAACCAAAUGUAAAAAUGGCAUUGAGAUAUCCAGUUUUCAAGCAUUUUUUUUCCUGCAGUUACCUGUCGCGUUUGCCCCCCUCCCCACAAAAAAACCUGCCAUUGUUUAAUAUGGGUAUGAGCUAAUUCAGUGAUGUAACCUGUAUUUGUAGGUAAGGGGGGGUUGCCAGUGUUCUUACCCCUCUGAGGACCAGAGUUUUGUGUGGUGGUUUUGAAAGGACUGAUCUCUCAGGGGACAUGGGGCCAUCCUAGAGAUACAUGUUUAUUUUGCAAAGUGCUCACUAAAAUAAAGCCCACUGAGCAUGUCCAGUGUAGCACCAAGGACACCCCCAAAUGCAGCAUUAUGCAUCUGUAGCUGAGACCUGUUUUUCUUGAAGGAGGGGGUGUGUGUCUACUUAGUUUUCAUUGUUUUCAUUCCCUUUCUAUGCCAUUUGUUUCUCUCAGUUCAUCUAAUUUCAGCACCGCUACUGACUAUUUUCUUAAAAAAAGGAAAAAAAAAAAACGUUCACUUUUUUGGGGAAAAAUCCUAUUUUAUUUAAUUAUAUUAUUUUCAGUAUGAUUUUUUUUUUGUUAUUUAGGAUUUGUCAUUUUUAUCUGAUGUACCAGUAUGCCCAGCUGAGUCUUGCUGGGGCAGAGAUGGCCCUUGGACACACUCUCAGACCUGCGAUGUUGUGGAGCAAGAAACAGUUCGGAUGGGUUGCACUGCAUUCUUGCCAGUCAGAGAUUCAUCAUGGUUACUAAAUUAGGCAGAGUUGUUACUUAAAGGGAGCUGUGUUCUUGCUGCGGUGGGGGGUGAGGGGUCGUGUUUGGUCUGAGAGACGUGUCCAUUAUGUCUGAAGAGGGGAGGGAACAGUUGAACAGCCCCGCCCCUCACCCUUACUGUACCUCCUGCAUCCCUUUGGCUCUACCCAACACCCUUGUCCGCAUGAUGGUGUAUAUGUGCCUGUGCGCGUGUGUGUGUGUAUGUGUAUGUGGUAAACUGUGUGAGUGGUGCAAAGACUGCUGUGUGAUGACUUGAUUGACAUGUCCCUCUUUUCUUGUAAUUUGGGGACAAGGUUAUGAAUGUACUGUAUGUUUGUCCUAUUUUCUGUGAUGUGUUUGGCAGGGAGGGGAGGGUUGAGUAGAGCAAGGUGAUGGGUUUGCCAGCUGUACAGGGGUGGGGGAAAAUUAACAAAGCAUUCCAUCAUAUCCAGUUUGAUGUGGAAAAGUGAAAUGGUGGCCAAUAAACAAACUGUUUAAAAAAAAAAAAAGUACAUUUUUGUUCAGC